AUGUUCCCUCCGUCCCCGCUUCUGCUCGUUUUCCCCGCUGCGCUCUUCUGGGCCGCACAAGUUGCCGGGGACCUCGAGGGUGUUACCAUCACCGACCCCUGCGCCAUAGUGUCUCCACCAUGCAUGAGCGAGGCUGAUCGCUUCAGCUUGGAGGCCCUUCGGAGCAUCCAUCAGAUGAUGGAUGAUGACCAAGAUGGGGGGAUUGAGGUGGAAGAGAGUGUGGAGUUCAUUAUUGAAGACAUGAAGCAGCAACAGACUAACAAACACAGCAACCUGCACAGAGAAGACCAGCACAUCACAGUUGAGGAGCUCUGGAGAAGCUGGAAGUCAUCCGAAGUACAUAAUUGGACUCAGGAUGACGUGCUCCGCUGGCUGAAGGAUUUUGUUGAAUUGCCACAGUAUGAGAGAAAUUUUAAAGAGUUUAAGGUCAAUGGAAACACACUCCCCAGGAUUGCAGCUAAUGAGCCUUCAUUCCUGAGUGGCCAGCUAAGAGUUCAGGACCAGAGAGACAAACAGAAGCUCACCAUCAAAGCUCUGGAUGUUGUUCUGUUCGGACCACCUACACGGCCCCCUCAUAACUACAUGAAGGACCUGCUGCUCAUUGUGUCAGUUGUGAUGGGAGUCGGUGGCUGCUGGUUUGCCCAGGCUCAGAACAAAGCCAGCAAAGUCCACAUAUCCAAAAUGAUGAAAGAUUUAGAAAGUCUCCAGAGGGCUGAACAGAGCCUCAUAGAACUACAAGAACAACUGGAGCGAGCCCAGGAAGAAAAGCGUAAUGUGGCAGAAGAAAAACAGAGCCUAGAGGAGAAGAUGAGAGAUGAGAUCAUGGGGGCACAGGAAGAGGCUCACCGUCUGCAUGAGCUGAGGCAGGGAGCUGUCAGUGAGCUGAGCCGCCUCAGAUAUGCAGAGGAGGAGCUGGAACAGGUCCGUGGAGCGCUGAAGCAGGCCGAGAAGGACAUGCAAGCCAGCUGGACUGUCACAGAGGUGCUUCAGCAGUGGCUGCAGCUGACACAUGAGGUAGAGGUGCAGUACUACAAUGUUAAAAAGCAGAGUGCAGAACUACAGCUUGCCACUGCCAAGGAGGAGGCAGAGAGGAUUAAGAAGAAGAGAAGCUCUGUGCUGGGGACACUCCACGUGGCCCACAGCUCCUCUCUAGACCAAGUAGACCACAAGAUUUUGGAGGCCAAGAAUGCCUUGUCUGAAGUAACAGCCUGCCUGCGGGAGCGUCUUCAUCGCUGGCAACAUAUUGAGCUCCUCUGUGGCUUUCCCAUCAUCAGGAAUCCGGGUUUAGCAAAACUCACUGCUCAACUCUACUCCGACUCAAUUGCCCUGGGGUUGCCUAGAGUGUGCCAGUCAUCUUGUUCGUGCCACAGCUCCAUUCAUGGCUCCAUAGAGGAUCUUUUAGAUGAGCCUACCUCUCCUAUUUUACCUCAGAUACCAGUUGCAGUUGCACCACUUAAACGGUCUCCUCGAGCACGGGUAUCCAGAUGUCGGUCACGCCGCUCCGGGAUCAUUCCUCAACCAUCAGCCGCCAUGAUCUCCCCAGACCCUGACCUUCUUAUCCCCAUCCGAACUCCCUACUCUUCCUAUGACGAGGAAGAGGAACAUUUCCGAAAAACACUAAAAAAACAAGAUUCCCAAGAAAGGUUCUCAGAUUCAGAGUAUAUGACUUCUCCUCCUCUCAGCAAACUGUUCCCUAGUUCUGCUGUUGACAUCUCCUCUCGAAAGCUCUAUCACGAUGACACUGAGCUGCUUGCUGAGAGCCCUGUUACAAAAACUUUAACUAAAGAAGUAGAGGCUCUUGUUGAAUCGCCAGCUCACAAAAUGUCCGUGGAAGACCUUGAAACUUCUGUUGAUAUUGCCUGUAGCAAGAUGGUUAGAGACAAAACCUUGGAUACUUCGUUGGAAACAUCUUCUUUAAAAAUGUCUGCAGAAGAGUCAUGUAUAGAUUCAACAUCAAGGAAGAUGUCACGCAACAGGACUGGACUUUCCACUGAUGUUGCGCUUAAAAAGGGAAUUUCAAAUGAGACAGAUGCAGAGUUUUCACCCAGGAAAGUAGAGAAGGACACAGUGGGGGAUUUGACAGAAGUUCCCUCAAAGAAUACAUUCAGAGAAAGAAGUGAUUUGGGAAUAGAUGUGAGGAAGAUGAUAUGGGAUGAAGUAGAAGCAUCAGCGGAUCUAGCAAAAAGGAAGAUAUCAAAAGAUAUGAUGGGCGCUUCAAUUGACACUUCCUCAGGAAAGAUGACAAGGGAUGAUCCUGAACAUCUAUUUGACUCCAGAAGGAUUACCAGAGAUUCAGUGGGAGUUUCCCAAGACACAGGUUCCAGGAAACAUGCGUUCCAUAAAGGGGAAAAUCAACUUGAUUCCUCUGUGAGGGGAUCAGCAAAAGACAAAAUAGUUGAGACAACCAGAAUACCAACAAGAAAAAUAUCUAGAGAUGAGCUGGAGUACUAUACAGAUGUUGCUUCAAUGAAGAUACUGCCCAGAGAGAGACUCGAAGCACUUGUGGACGCCUCAUCCUCUACAGAGAUGCAAGAGUUUUGUUUAGAGCCAUCGACAAGUAAAGGUUUACUGAGAAAUGAACUUGAAAUGUCUGCUGGUUCUCUCAGAAGGAGAAUGCCAAGAAUGCCAAGAGAGGAUGCUGAAAGCACCAUAGACACACCUACUGGAAAAAUCUCUUGGGAUAGAGUUGAUAUCCCAAGGGAAAUGCCUAAACAAUUCAUCUUGAGGGAAGAGUUAUCAGAAUUAAGUUCAUUGGCAGCUCACAAUGUGCAGCCUGAUCUCAUGUUAACAUCCCAGGUGCCAUGGAAGUCUUCAUCAGACUUUUUCACUGUUGGGCCGCUGAGCCAGCUUGUUUAUGAUGGAAUCCUUGAAAAAUCAUGCAGCUCCAUGUCUUCAGCAACAAACCUCUCUGCUGGCAGGCUGCGAGCAGAGAUGGAGCCACCUCUGCCAAAACCAAGGGUUGUCCUCCCUGCUCCCUCAUUGCCUUCGGAGGCCGCAGAUGACAGGAACAAGGAAAAGGAAAAGAGCAAGAAACCUUUAAAGCUCAAAAAUCUCUUUAAAAAGAAAAAUGAGUCGAGUCCAGAGAAGCUUUAA